CAUCUUCAGCCCUCUUCCUCAAAACCCUAAUCGUAAUCUCUCGCUAGAGUGCUUAAGGUCUAUCAAUGGGGAAAAACAAGAGAGAGAGGAAAGAUGGAGAAGAAAAAUCUCCACAGUCUGCCACCACUGUUUGCGUGUCUGGCUUGCCUUAUUCCAUCACCAACGCUCAGCUUGAAGAAGCCUUUAGUGAAGUUGGUCCCGUCAGGCGUUGCUAUCUGAUCACAAAUAAGGGUUCUAAUGAACACCGUGGCUUUGCGUUUGUUACAUUUGCUUUACCAGAAGAUGUUAACCGUGCCAUUGAGUUGAAGAACGGUUCUACUUUUGGGGGCCGUAGGAUUACUGUUAAACAAGCCACAAAUCGACCUUCUCUUAAAGAGCGUCGAACUAAAGCAGUUCAAGGAAUCUCUUUACCUGAUGAUUCCCAGGCACAGAGUGACAAGGACACUUUGAUCCCCGAGACAGACGAGAAAGUUCCUCCACCUGAAACAAAAGUAGAGAAGCCAAUUGAGCGCAAGAAAGUAGAGAAGCCAAUUGAGAGCAAAAAAGUAGAGAAGCCAAUUGAGCGAAAAAAAGUAGAGAAGCCAAUUGAGAGCAAAAAAGUAGAGAAGCCAAUUGAGCGCAAACAAGUAGAGAAGCCAAUUGAGCGCAAAGGACCAACAAAGCUUCAUGUUGAUUUACCUGAUAAAGAAACAUGUUCAGAUAAGCAAAGAGUUGCAAGAACUGUAAUAUUUGGUGGGCUUGCUAAUGCUGAGAUGGCAGAGGUAGUCCAUAGUCGAGUCAAAGAAAUUGGGACUGUGUGCUCUGUCAGAUAUCCCCUACCCAAAGAAGAGCUCCAACAAAAUGGUCUUACCCAAGAUGGAUGCAGGGCAGAAGCAUCAGCUGUUCUCUUUACGAGUGUCAAAUCUGCUUGUGCCGUUGUUGCAAAAUUACAUCAAACAGAGAUAAAGGGAAAUCUCAUUUGGGCUCGUCAGCUUGGUGGGGAGGGUUCAAAGGCUCAGAAGUGGAAACUAAUUAUACGAAAUCUUCCUUUCCAGGCUAAACCUAGUGACAUUAAAGAGGUCUUUUCAGCAGUAGGGUUUGUCUGGGAUGUUUUUAUUCCUAAAAAUUUUGAAACUGGGCUACCUAAGGGUUUUGCAUUUGUCAAAUUCACGUGUAAGAAAGAUGCAGAAAAUGCAAUUCAAAUGUUCAAUGGGCACAUGUUUGGUAAAAGGCCUAUAGCUGUAGACUGGGCUGUACCUAAGAAUCUUUACAAUGGUGCUGCUGAUGCCACUACUGCUUCAGCAGAUGGUGACCAAAAAGGAAGCGACGGGGACAGUGAUAACAGUAGUGUUGAUUUGGAGGAGGUUGAUGAUGCUGUAGAAAGUCACCCACCUUCAGGAGAUGAUACUGAUGAUGAGGAGGAGGAUGGCAGUAACAAACUGAGUGAAUCAGAUGCACUGGAGAAAGAUGUUGGGACCGAUGUGAAUUUUAAAGAGGAAGCAGAUGUUGCGAGAAAGGUUCUUAAGAACUUGCUUGCGUCUUCAAAAGGUUCUAUUGCUUCUCCUGAUGGUGAGACAGAGGAGUCGGAUAAAAGCAAACUUAAAAAUUCAUCAACUAAGCCAGUCGCUGACUCUUCUGGUGUCUCUGAACCUUUGAAAUCCGGUAAAACUAAAGAGGUGGCUCCUAAAGAAACGCAGGAAAAUGAGCAUUUUGAGAGAACUUUAUUUAUAAGAAACAUCCCAUUUGAUGUUACUAAGGAAGAAGUCAAACAGAAGUUUGCUGUAUUUGGGGAAGUUGAAUCUUUAUUCCUGGUUCUCAACAAGGUCACAAAACGGCCAGAAGGGACUGCUUUUCUCAAGUUCAAAAAAGCAGAUGCAUCAGUUGCAGCCAUAUCAGCUGCCAAUACUGCCUCAGGUGUCGGUGUCCUUCUUAAAGGCAGACAACUGAACGUUAUGAGAGCUGUGGGUAAGAAAGCUGCACAUGACAUAGAACUCAAAAAGACAGAGGAGAAGAAUGUUGACCAUCGGAAUCUUUAUCUUGCUAAGGAAGGUCAGAUCCUUGAUGAUUCACCUGCUGCUGAGGGUGUGUCUGCGGAAGAUAUGGACAGGCGACGAAGAUUGCAUGAAAACAAAAUGAAAAAGCUUCAGUCUCCUAACUUCCAUGUAUCUCGAACAAGGCUUGUGAUCUAUAAUUUGCCCAAAUCCAUGAAUCAAAAGCAACUACACAAGCUCUUAGUUGAUGCUGUUACCUCACGAGCUACAAAGCAGAAGCCGGGUAUUCGACAGAUCAAGUUCUUACAAAAUGAGAAGAAGGGUAAAGUUGAUACUAAGAACUACUCCCGUGGAGUUGCCUUUGUCGAGUUCACGGAGCAUGAACAUGCUCUAGUGGCCCUGAGAGUACUUAACAACAAUCCUGAAACAUUUGGUCCCCAGCACCGCCCUGUUAUAGAAUUUGCUGUUGAUAAUGUCCAGAAGCUGAAGAUACGAGAAGCUAAGCAGCAGCAGUUUCAGCAACGUGAUAAACACAAUGAAUCUGAGCAGCAGCAGUCGAAUGGCGAAGCGCAGGCACCUGACAAUAAAUACAAACGAAAAACGAGGGAAGGGGAUAACAGUGGUCCAAGGAAAGAGAACGCAGCCAGGUUUAAGAAGGGACCUGGUCGCCCAGGUGUAGAGAGUAAAGAAGAAGCAAAAUCCAAUAUAGCAGUAAAGGAUGAUGCAGCAGAGAAGAAGAGACCUAUACGCACACAGGAAAAACCGUCUUCAAACAAGAAAGGCCAAUUGAUGAGACAGAAAGAGACAACUGAGAAACCAAAUCCAAAGAUUUCCAAAGAUUUGAGGGAACCAAGAAAAAGGAAGUUUGGGGAGGAUAGAGGUGAAGAGAAUAUAAAUGGACAGAGGAAGAGGAAGAAGAAGCAAGGUCAAGGUGGUGCAGAGGUUGUGGACAAACUUGAUAUGUUGAUUGAGCAAUACAGGUCUAAGUUCUCGCAGAGCUCAGCCAAAACCGGCCCACAAAAACAGAGUUCCGGUCAAGUCAGGAGGUGGUUCGAAUCCUGAGACUUUUAAUCAAAUGUCAGUUUUGAUCCUCAAGUUUCAUUGUAUUGUUUUUUAUACCGUCUUAAAAAUCUCCAAAGUGUUGAUUCCUGAAAACACGUCCUUGUUUUGAUUUUGUAUUGUCAGAACUAGACCGAACUCGAACCUUAUCAAAUCAGGAUUUAUUUUGUUGAA